CGCAACAACGGGAGCCAUUGCCCGGCAGCUUGCAAGUCCAGCUCCACCUUAAGGUUGGGUAGUCAUAAACGAAUUGUAGAACAACGCUUGAACUUCCCAUUACCUUUGAUUUCUCACACAACGACGAAUUCGGCAACAUCACAUUACCUUUACGACGAAACAGUUAACCCCAACGAGAAAUAG